GGCUCUGCAAAAGAACUGCUUCGUCUUCUAGAUGCCUUCUUGAGCCUGCUUGUGGCCACCCACAGACACUUGUAAGGAGGAGAGAAGUCGGGCUGGCAGAGACACUCUGAAAUGAGGGAUUAGAGGCCGGGAUCCAAGGAGCAAAAGCUGCAGCCAGAAGACGAGGGAGCAGGCCCUAAGACGCUUCUAUUGAGAGGUCUGCCAUGGCCUCUCUUGGCCUCCAACUUGUAGGCUACAUCCUGGGCCUUUUGGGGCUAUUGGGCACCCUCAUUGCCAUGCUGCUCCCCAACUGGCGAACAAGUUCUUAUGUAGGUGCCAGCAUUGUGACAGCAGUCGGCUUCUCCAAGGGCCUCUGGAUGGAGUGUGCCACACAAAGCACAGGCAUCACCCAGUGUGACAUCUACAACAGCAUUCUAGGCCUGCCUGCUGACAUCCAGGCUGCCCAGGCAAUGAUGGUGACAUCCAAUGUAAUCUCCUUGUUGGCCUGCAUUAUCUCUGUGGUGGGCAUGAGAUGCACAGUCUUCUGCCAGGACUCACGAGCCAAAGACAGAGUGGCGGUAGUGGGCGGAGUCUGCUUCAUCCUUGGAGGCCUCCUAGGCUUCAUCCCUAUUGCCUGGAAUCUUCACGGGAUCCUGCGGGACUUCUACUCCCCACUGGUGCCUGACAGCAUGAAAUUUGAGAUUGGAGAGGCUCUUUACUUGGGCAUUAUUUCCUCCCUGUUCUCUCUGGUAGCUGGAAUUAUCCUCUGCUUUUCCUGCCCACUCCAGAGAAAUCGCUCCAACUACUACGAUGCCUACCAGGCCCAGCCCCUCGCCACUAGGAGCUCUCCAAGGCCUGGUGAACCAUCCAAAGUCAAGAGUGAGUUUAACUCCUACAGCCUGACAGGGUAUGUGUGAAGAACCAGAGGCAGAGCUGGGGGGUGGCUGGGUCUGUGAAAACCAGUGGAAAGCCCCCCCAGGGCCUCAGAUGAGGGACAUUGCCACUGGAUCAUGUUAGAACCUUCUGCUGAGGAUAGACUGAUUUUGGCCCCUGGAUCAAGCAAAGGCAGAAACGGGAGCUGGUGUGACAGCGUGCAGGUUGAAUUGUCAAGAUGCUUGCCAAGCCAGGCUUUCUGUUUCCUUCACCUUGGCCUCCCCACCCUCUACCCUGAGUCCCAACCCUCAACUUUAAACCCACCCUAGGCCAGGCCCUAGAGGCUCCCCUUUGCCCUUUGGUUUACCUGGGAAUCUACCCAAAAACCCACUAAUUACAUCCCACUGACUGACCGUCAGUGUGAUCAAAGACCCUCCCUCUGGCGGAGGUUGGUCUUUAGUUCAUUGCUGGGGGAUGGGAGGAAGGAGUGGUGGCUUUUAUGGGCAUGGCUCUAACCUCCCUCUCAAGCCUCCCUCCAAAGAAACUGAUUGGCCAGUAAUAAGCCGUGGAGCCUCCAUCCCACUCUUGUUAUGACUCCACAGUGUCCAGACUGGUUUGUGCAUGAACUGAAGUAAAGCCAUGGUACCGAGGGAACAGAGAGCAACUGGGUGCAGGAUGAGAGGGAGGGAAGGCAGCCAAGGACCAAAAAAAGACCAGAAUGACUGCCCAAUGCGUUUCCCAUAAUUCCCUCACACUUGUGGGUUGCGGAUCUAGCCCCCGGCUAGAGGAAAACACCAGGAAAGAAGAUAUGGUGGAAAGCUCAAGGCGGCA